AGCUGAUGAUGCUCGGAUACGUGCCAGUUGCCAGCCGUCAUCGUUGAUCCUGCACGCAAGGAGGGGUCAAGCUGCUGUCGAAAGGACGUAAGCACACGUACCGUCACCAUUCUUAGCUUGCGCUCGCGCUUCACACCAUUCUGUCACUCUUACCUUCGCCUCGAUCCCCACUGCUAACUUUCUAGGCUCAAGAUACAUCGAAUCCAGACUCGUUCCUCAUUUCUUCCCCGUCGGAGCAAUGAUAUGUCGACGGACGGCAAGGGCGUAGUUACACCUGGUGCAACGGUCCCAGUAAUCCCGAUUUGGGAUCUCACAUUGCAGUGAAGGCGGCCGCGUACGUCAUAGCUUCUCGUUUGUCUUCUCCACGUAAAAGGCGCCUUUCCCUUCGACACAAACAACACGCAACCACACAACAACACCACACAGCAAAUCGCGCAACCGCUACUUCCUGUUCCAAAACUUCAUCACCGGCGCCAUGGCGCUCUCGGGAAAGGCUGUCGUCACGCUACCUGCGACUGCUCAUUUGCGCAGUCUGGGUGACCUGCCUGAAGAAUUGAUCGCAAACAUCAUCUCGUACUUGACGCCGCAGGCAAGCUUGGCUGCAUUGUCAGCGACAUCGCACAAGCUUCACCGUAUUGCUGAACCUUAUCUCUACCAUGCGGUCCAUAUCACCCAGCAAGAAGCGCAGUCUGAUUCGUUCAACAGAAAGAAAAGACCUUGGGCAGAUGACGCACUGGACGAGGUUGUCAAACCAUCUACAGAAGAGUGUCCAAGUGGGUCUUUGUUACUUCGAACUCUUUCAGAGCGACCUGAGCUCGUUAAACACGUGAAAGAACUCAAAGUAUGUCGAAACUUGCAGCAUCAGCACUCAACAGCGGGAGAGACGAGACCACCUUUGUUCACGUUGUUUGGACUGCGCACAUCAGCAUAUGAGGCAUCGAACUAUACAUUACUGCAACUCUUAAGGCUGUUAUCACACUUAGAGCAUCUCGAUUGUUCAAUGAUCCAUUCCGGCCUGCACACCUACCUACGCAGCAGCAGCACAAUCAAUAGGGCACCUGGUUUUUCUCACAGUCAAAGCCUCAAAUCCAUCACACGAUUGCAGAUUGACUGUUUUUCUCAAAUAAUGUCUGAUGUCGAGCUGCUGUUUGGGAUUCCAAAUCUCGAGUCCCUCCAUCUACAUAGAAUAGAUGCCUUCAACAUCACUCUCAACUUACUGCGACGGGAAACCACUAAGGACUGCCGAAUCAAACACCUCUUUCUUGAAAACCUACGACCCCAAGAACGCAGAGUGGACCUUACUUCACGUAUUCUCCGUCGAAUCUCUGAAACUGUCACUCGAUUGCAAGGACUAUAUGUCACAAUGACUCAGCCGGAUGGCGUGUGCCGCGUGCUUGCUGCUUUCACAGGGCGCAUCCCGCAUUUGCACCAACUGGAGGUGUAUAGCAAUGUGCAACAACCGGAGACGCUCAGUAAUAUUGCACAACCAUCUGCGUGUGCUAUCUCCGGAAGUGGACACGAAGGGUUUCAUAACGAAGAGACGCUACAACUUCUCUACACAGCUUCAGAGCUGCAAACUCUCCACCUGGACAUCGAUGAGUUCAGCGAGAUUAUGAGCCUGGAGGAGUACGAGAAAUACCAAGAGAUGAACCUCGACAGCGAUCCGGACUCAUGGGCAGAGGUACCCGGCAUGUGGCUCUUUAUGCGAAUUCACCUUCCCGUACCUUCGUCCGUGGAAGAUUUGGUGGUACGCGUUAGCAAUAUGUACCCUGCCGGACCCAGUCUCACCAAAGCAUUAACUUCUCUUGCCGAAGAUGUGGAGAUCCGGGCUCCUAAGCUGCGCCGUUUGGGUGUCUUUGUGCCUACUCUUCAGGGGACAGUGAUUCUGAAGGACGAGCUGAUAGAAGCUUUUCAGGGCAAGGGUGUCGUUCUUGAAGUGCUGAGGAAAUGAUCUCAGAUCAAAUUGUACGGCUAGGGAUGGCAGGAAGUUGGGAAAGGAAACUGUUUGUCAGCUUGAUCGGAAACACUACUGGUCCUCGCAUGGAGAAAGGGCUGAAGUUUUAAUGUCGCUCAAGGGUCAAGCGGAGCAAAACACUCGAGUUGGAUUCAUGGGUCUUACAAAAUGAAUUAUCAUGGCGUUUAUCUAGUUUCUUCUUGUUCACUCAGAGUCUCCAUCUCUCACACGGCUGCAAUUUCUAGUUCUUCCAACCAAUAUUACCCGAGUUUGAAACUCCUCUUAUACAUCCACCAGUGAAUCUCAUCGCA